UUGAAGUUACGUCAGGUAUAUUAUUAGGGAUCGAUCCUUAAUAUUCAUGGAGAUUUCGGGCAACUUACUAAUUAAUCCUGAUCCCUUUGUAACAAAUCGGCCAGAAAUAGAUUUUAGCCUUUAGGCAUAUGAACAAACUAACUGUUUUGCCUUCUGCAGUGCAGUGCUGCCUAGUGCUAUUAAUGAGUCAGACUCGUGCCGAGUUUUACCAUAGUUCGGGCUCGGCUCGUUAAUAUAUUUCCAGGCUCGAGUUCGGCUCGUGUUCGUCACGAGUUUUAAUAUGCAAGCUCAAGCUCGGCUCGUUUAUGAAAAUGAAAGCCGGCUCGUUAAUAAGCUUAAGGAGCCCAAAAUCGAGUUCAGCUCGUCAUAAAAUGUUCAUGAUAGCUCAAGAUUGACCUAAAACUGCGCACAAAAUUACAUUCAAACCUGUAGCAAAGUCUAGCAAAGUAAAACACAAUAUUUAUCUCAAUUUCAAUACAUAAAAUCCAUGAAUUCUAAUCCUUUUUUUUUAUAUCAAACCAUUAAAUGAGCUUGUCCGCGAGCUUUCGAGCUGAACAUGAUAUGACUCGAGUUUGGCUCGUUUAAUUAACGAACUUAUUCGCGAGCCGGUUCGAUUAAAACGAAUCGAGUGUCAAACGAGUUUUUCUCGAGUCGCACACCGAACCGUUCAUGAGCGGCUUGGUUCAUUAAGAACUCUAGUGCUGCCCAACCAACCCUAGAGCAGUACACCAAUAUUGAAGGCCAAGAAACCGCCAUGUCACUCUGAAGUUUCCUGACCAUCAAUCAGUCUACCACACGACGUCAGCCAGCCAGCCAGCCAGCCGUAUCACCAUAAAAUCUAGGCGGCACCCAGAAGAGCCAAAUCCCCAACCACGCCUCCCGAUUCCAAGAAAAUCCGCUAAAUGGCCAUCGCCGCCGCAGCAGCUACUUCACCAACCACCGCUCGCACCACCGCCACCCUCUCGCCUCCGCCGCCCAUUUCUUCUUCUUCCUCCUCCUCCUCCUCCUCUUCCGCACUGCUCAACUUCGGGCUCGCCAAAUCCACCGCUCGACCUCGUACCACCGCCGGGCUCUCAAUCUCCUGCACUAUGACCAGAGAUGCGGCGGCGGCGGUCGCCGUGACGGAGAAGGACGACUCCGACCCGGCUCUGUGGAGUCGGCCCGAUGCUUUCGGUCGAUUCGGCAAAUUCGGCGGCAAGUACGUCCCCGAGACUCUCAUGUAUGCUCUCACCGAGCUCGAAUCCGCCUUCAAUUCAAUCAGGAACGACCCUGAUUUUCAGGCAGAACUGGGCGGCAUUUUGAAAGACUAUGUUGGAAGGGAGACUCCUCUUUACUUUGCUGAGCGGCUGACGGAUCAUUACAGGAGGCCGAAUGGAGAAGGGCCACACAUUUACCUCAAGAGGGAGGAUUUGAACCACACUGGCGCUCACAAGAUCAACAAUGCGAUCGGCCAGGUGCUGCUCGCGAAGCGGUUGGGGAAGAAGCGGAUCAUUGCAGAAACCGGAGCUGGGCAGCACGGGGUUGCCACUGCGACCGUCUGCGCGAGGUUUGGGUUGGAAUGUAUCAUCUAUAUGGGUGCACAAGAUAUGGAGAGGCAAGCCCUGAAUGUGUUUAGGAUGCGGCUACUGGGAGCUGAGGUGAGAGGGGUGCAUUCUGGGACGGCCACUCUGAAAGAUGCAACAUCGGAAGCUAUAAGGGAUUGGGUGACGAACGUGGAGUCGACUCAUUAUAUUCUUGGUUCUGUUGCCGGCCCACAUCCGUAUCCCAUGAUGGUGAGGGAGUUCCACAAGGUGAUUGGCGAGGAAACGAGGAGGCAAGCAAUGGAGAAAUGGGGUGGGAAGCCGGACAUCCUUGUGGCGUGCGUUGGUGGGGGUUCGAACGCGAUGGGAUUGUUUGAGGAUUUCGUCAAGGACAAAGAUGUUAGGUUGAUUGGUGUGGAGGCUGCUGGUUUUGGUCUGGAUAGCGGUAAGCAUGCUGCAACUCUGACGAAAGGGGAAGUUGGUGUGCUGCAUGGAGCUAUGAGCUAUUUGUUACAAGAUGAUGAUGGACAAAUCAUUGAGCCUCACUCCAUUAGUGCUGGGUUGGAUUACCCUGGAGUUGGACCGGAGCACAGUUUUCUGAAAGAUAAAGGUCGUGCUGAAUACUACUGUGUCACUGAUGAGGAGGCUCUAGAAGCAUUCAAGAGAGUAUCAAGACUGGAAGGCAUAAUCCCUGCUCUGGAGACAUCCCAUGCUCUGGCUUACCUUGAGAAGCUGUGCCCAACGCUCCCUGAUGGAACCAAGGUCGUGCUGAACUGCAGUGGCCGAGGGGACAAGGACGUGCAGACUGCCAUCAAAUACUUGAAACUCUGAACCGUAAGCUUAGAUGAACUUUUGCUGCUACUUCUGCGGAUUUUCCUUCUCGUUUGACAAAAGGGAACGAGAAGCUAAGUACUAGGUGAGUUCCAAUUUGGUGUUGUAAGCUGAAGCUCUUCAGACAGACUCUUGGGUAGCGUAAGCUCAUUUGUUAAUUAGUCUUGUUUAGAACCUCAGUCGAGCUAAUAACAACAAUAAUAUUCGUGCUUGUUGCAAUCGUUUUCUUUUCCCUGUUUGAAACAUUAAUCUCAGAAGCUUCAUCGAAGAAUCAUGGAAUGUGCUUCAAGAUGGCAUGCAUCUUUCAUAUUAACGCUGGGAUGUGUUGCUCGGAAGGGCAUCCAGAUUGUUGUAAACAUCCGCCAUCCUUAGCCCUUAACAAAUGUUAUAAGUUGCUGAAACCGAUCCGGAAAUCAGAUUGUGGGUCACACUGAAGAAUGGCACACUGAAGAAUCAUCUUCUUUAAGCAAGAUGCAACAUCUAGCACCUACAUUAACAACACAACUAAGUGAGUAGAAGGGGCGGAUAAACGAUGCAUUCAUUUCUCUUUUCUUUUUAAAUAAUAAAAAAAAAACUAAAAUCGUAAACUUUGAUGGGUUUUCUAUUCAGGUAACUUUUGAAAUAUGUUCCUUUGUUGGGGUUAAUCAGAUUAUUUAAAAAUAUUAUCGUACUAAAAUAAUCUUAUUUUUAUUUUUCUUCGACAUUGUUGUAAUAUUUUGACCAAAAUAUGUUAGUAAGUUAAAUGACAUAUCAACUAAAAUAAUAUAAUAUUCACAUUUUUUUUUACCCUCUCAGAUUAUAAUUCUCGAAGAAUAUACCCUCUUACGCUCCCGUUCUCGCUCUAUCUCCCGCUCCGCAAAUCGGUAAACAAAAUUUGUUCGGUCAAGGCAAAGCGAUCGGUGCGAUUCACGAAGAAGAAGGAGGGGAAACGUUUUGGGAUAUGGUUGGUUCUUGAAGUAAAAAUAUCUCCCAAUACUGAUGGGCAUACUUUUAAAAUUUCGAUUUUCCAUUCUUUUCAUUUCAAUAGAAGGUUUGAUAAAAUUGUCAACUCGCAUUGAUCCGGACCCAGUGAGUAAAAUAGGCGCCACACACCCACUGGGUCGACCCGCAACAAAGACUCCCCAGUUGGCAGGGGCGGACCCACGGGUGUUUAGGGGUGCCCCCGGACACCCCUAAAUUUUGGGAAAACGAUUAUCCAACCCCUGGUAGUAAUAUACGUAUUGAUAAAAAAAUUAUAAUUGAUAGUCGGGGACACCCCUAAAUUUAAAAAAGUGAUUAUCCUACUCUCAUCUUUUAAUUUGAGUAUGAGAAUAUAGGUCGUAGUUUGGG